AUUCACCAUCCUAUUUACGCGCCAUGCCUGUUGCGCUCGUUUCCCAGCAUGCAUCGCGAAUUUACAUAGCCAUCUUGUCGGGAGGUGAAAUUUUUCGAUUUUCUGUUUCCGAAGUCUGCUAGUUAUAGUUAGCUAUAAACUUUAAUUUCAAACUGUUUUCGUGAUUGUUUUGUUAGUACGCCGGCAUCUAGUCGCCGAGUGUCGUGACAUAUUAGGCGGCGUUUAAACGCGCUCGUUCCGGAUGUGUUUGAUACUCAUAUGUAACGUUAGGUAGAGAAGUGAGAGGCAGCAGGGGGAGUGAACGCAGCCGAAUCUACGACAGCGGCCUUACACACACCGCCCUUACCGAGCUCUGAUCACCAGCAUAUGAGGAUAAAUUAAUAACCGACACGUCAUCUCGCACACACGGCUCGCGGAGGUUGUUUUCGUCCGCCGCGCGCGCGUCGAAAAUGCAACAGGAGAGAAGAGGAAGACGGAUGACGCACGAUCGUCGCGGAAAACUGUGAAAUUUGGGGCAACUGUUUGCUGUUUUGUCAAGUCAGCGGCGUCUUUAAGGUGUCUCAAAAAGCUGUUAAGCAUGUCUAGGAUGCCGGCCAAGAAGAAGAGUUGCUUUCAGAUCACGAGUGUGACUCAGGCUCAAGUCGCGGCCAACAACGCGACCGACGACACCGAGAGCCUGGAUGACCCGGAUGAGUCCCGGACAGAGGACGUGUCCUCCGAGAUAUUUGACAGGUCCAGGACUGAGGUAUGUGACAGGAGCUCCUCAGAGGAGACUUUGAAUAAUGUGGGGGAUUCAGAGGGACAGACUCCCCAGAACGGCGGGUUUGGCCCGCGCAACUUGGGUCACCACCAGGGCAUCCAGGCCUCUGGGACUCAAACAGCGCAAGUCACUAGUUCAUCAAGCGCGACGACUAUAACCAGCUGCAGUUCUCGCUUCAGGGUCAUUAAGCUUGAUCACGGCACCGGAGAGCCCUUCAGGAGGGGCCGGUGGACCUGUAUGGAGUAUUACGAGAAAGACCCCGAGGGCUCUGGGAUGAGCAGGACUGUGGAUAGUAUAAGGCACACCAAUGUGACCGAGCCCGGAGCGGAUAGAGACAGUGGGCUCGGGGCCACCGUCGGCUCCGUAAUGUCUCCUGAUGUAAAUUCAGACGGGUCGUGUUUCACCAGUCCGCCUCAUAAUCUAGAAUCGCACAGCUUCAACGUGGCCCUGGGGUCCGGGUCACCUGAGUCCUUUAGUAAUAAUAAGCCAGUGCCUCCGUCUGCUCAGCACAGUCUCCAUCCACCCGCUCACGAGGGAGGACACCCGGGUGCCCACCUUCAGAAAUCUCCCAGCAUCCCUCCUUCUCCUCAAGUGCAGCCGCUGCUUUAUCAACCCCAGCCUAUUACGCACCAACUGCAAAGCCAGCCGGCUCUGAUAUCAACCAGUCAGCCUGAUUACGGCCAGCGCAGCAUGCCCAUUACAGUCACCCAGACUCUCCCUGGGUUGAGCCUUUCCGUCGGACAUGUCGUCAGUCAGGGGUUGUCCCCUCUUCCGACCCCGGCCACAGGAGGGGUGCAGGUUCUGGGUACACUAGAAAUGUCUGGACUCCCUGGAGGUGUUCCCUUAGGGAGCGCACUGGUGUCGCCUGUCCCAAAUCUGGCGCAGCAUCCUGUGGUGGGGCUGUUGAGCAGCAUCGCCCCUAUACCCUCCAUUCAGCAGCAGCAACCGGUGGCACAAUACCAGGCCUCAGGAGUAAUGCAUGGUUUAUCGACAACUCUGCAAAGCACUCAGAGCUUGCCUGUAGCACCGGUGACGCUCGCAGUAGGAUCACUCAAUACCUCCGCACACAGCCAGGCGUCCCAGGUUCCCCGCAAUGGGACGGCAGCGGGAAUGGGCACCAGCGUCUUCAGCCAGACGGAUGAGAGUCGGAGGAUGUCUGAUGCGUCUGCUCAGGUUCACAGUAAAGACAUGGUGAAGCCCUUAAUCACAGAAGGCCUGCAGUUGCCCAGUCCGGCUGUCAACAGUCUUUUCGGUAUACCCAUUCCCAUUGAUGGGGAGGACGACAGGAAUCCCUCCACAGCUUUCUUCCAAGCCUUCCAGUCUGGCAGUAGGCUGAAGGACUCAAAGAUGACCUGUGAUAGUGCCUCUGGAGCAAGUGUGGUUGCCAUUGAUAAUAAAAUAGAACAAGCAAUGGAUUUAGUGAAAAGCCAUCUGAUGUAUGCUGUGCGGGAGGAGGUGGAGGUGUUGAAGGAGCAUAUCAAGGAGCUCUACGAGAGGAACUCUGUGCUGGAGCGAGAGAACGCAGUGCUCAAGUCUCUAGCCAACAACGAUCAGCUCUCUCAGCUCACCGUCCAAUCCAGCUCCAGCGCUCCCGUCCCGGGCCAAGCCCAGCCUCAGCCUUCCCUUCAGCUGGACUCCAACCAGAGCGCAGACACCCUGCCACGACAGCCGCAGCCCAGCGUCACCUCCGCCUGAAGCCUGUGCGUCACCGCAGCAGCAGAAACCCAUCUCGCUCCCUCGGACCACAGUCGCCCCUUCGCCCCGCCCCGGACCAGCUGGACAAAUUGUGAAGAGAGUUAUUUUUUUAAUAAAGAGAAUCCAGCCAUGAAAGAGGUGUAUUUUUUAGCAUUGCAGUUUUCAAAGCGAGAAGUCUAUUUUCAGAGCCACCGUACUUCGUGUGAUUUCGAUUCACCCGUCAAUUCAAUUGUACUCUUUGUUAUUUAUUAUAGGGCUGCUAUUUUCCCAGAGGAACAAUGUCACAGAACCCUUCGAUCCGACAGCGAGCGGCAGUCUUACAGUAUCGAUCAUCAGUGCAAGCGUAAACAGUGACCGAGUAGCAGUGGGUAGAGUUUAAACACUAACAGCGGCGUUUCUCUGUGGAUUAAGAAUGUGAACCUGGUGUGAAUGUACAUUGUGUAUAGUGUAAAGAUAAAAAGAGCGUGACAAGUUUGUACAGGUUUGUGGGCGAAGAUCUAAACUGAAUCCUCAAUGGUCUACCCUGAUGAAGAAAGCUUGUAGGAUGUUGGAAAAAGAAGUCAGUUGCCAUAUUGCCCUGAUGUCUCGUAGGUUUUUGGGGUCGGGAAGGGGAUUGAAAAGACAAAAAAACUGUGAAGUUGUUCAACCUACUUUGUAACCAAAGAUUCGAAGCUGUG